UGGAUGGAAAGGCUAAGAGAGGGCUGAUGGCAUUCAACCCGAGUGGCUUGUGAAAGCACUCGAGGUUUCGUUUCAUAUAUAAAUAUAUAUAAUUUAAUGGCGUAACAGUGCUUGUGAAAGGCUGUUUAGUACCUAAGUUUCGAUAUUGUGUAAAAGAACGUCUUAGCUUUGGAUGGAACAAAAGGAAUUUAUUUUGUGUGUCAAAACGUGUCGUUUAUUCGCUCGGUCAAUCGCUCAAACAACGAAUGGUGUCAGAAGUUUUACAAAUGUAUAUACCAGCAGCAAAUUUUACAAAUGGGAGUACCCCCUGAGUUUUAUAAAAACCGCGGCCAGUAAAGAAGAAGCCUGUAGUUAAACUGCGAGAUGCUUCAGAAAUUGACGACAGUUUGCCAGUGAUGUCAGCUGCCUAUAUGAACCGACAAAAUGAAGAUGAUGUGGAAAGCGACGAUCAAGUAAAUCGCAAGAAUUCCGAAUGGACUGAAGAAGAUUUGUCAGCUCUUGCAAAAGCCAUGGCCAAGUUCCCUGGAGGGACACCAGGUCGAUGGGAUCGCAUUGCGCACCAGAUUGGCCGUACUGUUCAAGAGGUUACAAAGAAGGUCAAAGAAAUGAAGACUUCUUUAUGUGAUUCUGGGACAAUCGCUUCAGGCAACCAAACAUCAGUGGCAGUUGGCAAGCGAGCUGCAUUCCAAAUCAGCGAUAAUAUAAUUUCAAAGGCGAUAGAAUCUGAGCUGAGUACCAAACCAAUCAUCACGGUCACUCAGAACGAGCUGUACAUGACCCAGGAUGAUAUACCAGAUGAUUACGACCAGGGGUUUUCGAACAAUGAUGACGAAGAUUCAGACAUUGAGCAAUACAGACAAGUCAGGAAGCGGAAGGUCAAGACGAGAAAAGAAGUACCCAAAGAAGAAGAGCAGCCGGAAGACUCAACUGAGGAAGAAAAUAAGACGCAAUGCAAAGAAGAUGAGAAGGAAGAAAAUAAACAGGAAGAUGCUACGAAGGAAAAAGAGAAUUUAGCAGAUGUUUGGAGCCAAGUACAGCAGAAAUGCUUGGAGAAUGCAUUGGCUCAGAUACCGAAAAGUAGAACCGAUCGCUGGACACACAUUGCACGUGCUGUUCCAGGUAAAACGAAGGUAAGCAGGAUGGGCUUUUCAAUAUUAAGUUAAUCUUAUAUUGAGGAACAAAGAAAUGAUCUUGAAUUUCUCAAA